ACAAUAACUGUUUGGGCUGGUGGAGAAAGUGUUUUCUUCACUCAGAUGGUGAAGAAUGGGAGAGAUAGAAGGAACAUACAGAGUCCUGCAGACUGCAGGGACACGCUUGGGUGCCCAGACGCCUGUGGGAGUUAGCACCCUUGAGCCUGGGCAGACUCUGUUGCCCAGAAUGCAAGAGAAGCACCUGCACCUCAGAGUAAAGCUGCUGGACAACACCGUGGAAAUAUUUGACACUGAGCCUAAAUGUGAUGGCCAGAUAUUACUGACACAAGUGUGGAAGCGUUUGAAUCUGGUAGAAUGUGACUACUUCGGGUUGGAGUUUCAAAAUACUCAGUCCUACUGGAUUUGGCUUGAACCUAUGAAACCCAUCAUUAGGCAAAUACGAAGGCCAAAGAAUGUGGUGCUUCGCCUAGCUGUGAAAUUUUUCCCACCUGAUCCUGGUCAGCUACAAGAAGAAUAUACAAGAUACUUGUUUGCCUUGCAACUUAAGAGGGACCUGCUGGAAGAGCGUUUGACCUGUGCGGACACCACAGCGGCCCUUCUCACGUCCCAUCUUCUGCAGUCGGAAAUAGGAGAUUACGAUGAAAUGCUGGACCGAGAGCACCUCAAAGCCAACGAGUAUUUGCCUGGCCAGCAGCACUGCCUCGAGAAGAUACUAGAAUUCCAUCAGAAGCACGUGGGCCAGACACCUGCUGAGUCGGAUUUCCAGGUGCUCGAAAUUGCUCGAAAGUUGGAAAUGUAUGGCAUCAGAUUUCACAUGGCUUCUGACAGGGAAGGAACCAAGAUUCAACUGGCGGUUUCCCACAUGGGUGUACUCGUGUUUCAGGGCACCACCAAAAUCAACACUUUCAAUUGGUCCAAGGUCCGUAAACUAAGCUUCAAGAGGAAAAGAUUUCUUAUCAAACUUCAUCCAGAGGUUCAUGGACCUUACCAGGACACAUUAGAAUUUUUGUUGGGUAGUAGAGAUGAAUGCAAGAACUUCUGGAAGAUAUGUGUGGAGUAUCACACCUUUUUUAGACUUUUGGACCAACCUAAGCCAAAAGCGAAAGCUGUCUUCUUCAGCCGGGGCUCCUCCUUCAGAUACAGUGGAAGAACUCAGAAGCAACUAGUAGAUUAUUUCAAAGACAGUGGAAUGAAGAGAAUUCCAUAUGAAAGAAGGCACAGCAAGACUCACAUGUCCAUUCGUGCUCUGACUGCAGACCUACCAAAACAGAGCAUCUCGUUCCCCGAGGGAUUGAGGACUCCUGGCUCCCCAUCUUCAGCGAAUGCCUCCUUUUACUCACUCUCUCCCUCCACUCUGGUGCCCCCUGGCCUGCCAGAGUUUAAGGACAGCAGCAGCUCCCUCACAGAGCCCCAGGUUUCCUACAUCAAGAGUCCAGCUGCAGAGGGGAGCAGUGGAGCAGUGGCUGGAGGCCCUGACACACCAUCGGCCCAGCCCAUCGGGCCCCCCGCACUCCAGCCUGGUCCAGGCCUUUCCACGAAGAGUCCUCAGCCUUCUCCCUCCAGCCGGAACAGCCCCCUGAGUCUGAGCCCUGCAUUUCAGGUGCCUUUGGGCCCAGCUGAACAGGGCUCAUCCCCACUCCUGAGCCCUGUCCUCAGUGAUGCUGGCGGAGCUGGGAUGGACUACGAGGAGCCGAGACACAAGCGCAUGCCUGCAGACGAGGCCUACUUCAUAGUCAAGGAGAUUCUCGCUACAGAACGAACAUACCUGAAGGAUUUAGAAGUUAUUACCGUGUGGUUCCGCAGCGCAGUGGUGAAGGAGGACGCCAUGCCUGCGACUCUGAUGACAUUGCUCUUCUCCAACAUCGAUCCCAUCUAUGAGUUCCACAGAGGCUUCCUGCGCGAGGUGGAGCAGAGGCUGGCACUCUGGGAAGCGCCCUCCAAAGCCCACACAAAAGGCGGCCAUCAACGAAUCGGGGACAUCCUGCUCAGGAACAUGCUCCAGUUAAAGGAGUUUACCAGCUACUUCCAAAGACAUGACGAGGUCCUAACAGAACUGGAAAAGGCUACCAAACGCUUUAAGAAGUUGGAGGCGGUGUACAAGGAGUUCGAGCUGCAGAAGGUCUGCUACUUGCCUCUCAACACGUUCCUGCUGAAGCCCAUCCAGCGGCUGCUGCACUACCGCCUGCUGCUGCGACGCCUGUGUGGACACUACACUCCCGGUCACCAUGACUACGCCGACUGCCAUGAUGCCCUGAAGGCCAUCACAGAGGUGACUACCACACUACAGCACAUUCUCAUCCGGCUGGAGAACCUGCAGAAGCUGACGGAGCUGCAGCGGGACCUGGUGGGCGUAGAGAACCUCAUUGCUCCUGGCAGGGAGUUCAUCCGUGAGGGCUGCCUUCACAAGCUCACCAAGAAGGGCCUGCAGCAGAGGAUGUUCUUUCUGUUCUCAGACAUGUUGCUGUACACAAGCAAAGGAGUCGCAGGGACCAGCCACUUCCGGAUCCGGGGCCUCCUUCCCCUCCGAGGCAUGCUGGUAGAAGAAAGUGAGAAUGAGUGGUCUGUUCCACACUGUUUCACCAUCUACGCAGCUCAGAAAACAGUCGUGGUGGCAGCCAGCACUCGGCUGGAGAAAGAGAAAUGGAUGCUCGACCUGAACAACGCGAUCCAAGCAGCCAAGAGUGGCGGUGACACGGCCCCUGCACUGCCAGGCAGCACUGUGUGCACUCAUCCCCGCAGAUCCCCCAACGAGGUAUCUCUGGAACAGGAGUCAGAAGAUGAUGCUAAGGGUGCCCGCAGCUCCCUAGAGGGGCAUGGCCAGCAUCGGGCCAACACCACAAUGCACGUGUGCUGGUACCGGAACACCAGCGUGUCCAGGGCAGACCACAGUGCAGCUGUCGAGAACCAGCUUUCAGGAUAUCUGCUAAGAAAGUUCAAAAACAGUCAUGGCUGGCAGAAGCUCUGGGUCGUCUUUACCAAUUUCUGUUUGUUCUUCUACAAAACUCAUCAGGAUGACUACCCACUGGCCAGCCUCCCGCUGCUGGGCUACGGCGUGAGCAUCCCCCAGGAGGCCGAUGGCAUACACAAAGACUACGUUUUCAAGCUCCAGUUCAAAUCCCAUGUCUACUUCUUCCGGGCUGAGAGCAAGUACACAUUUGAAAGGUGGAUGGAGGUGAUCCAGGGAGCCAGCAGCUCGGCUGGGAGGGCCCCGAGCAUCGUGCAGGAUGGUCCCCAACCCUCCUCAGGGCUGGAGGGGAUGGUCAGGGGAAAGGAGGAAUGACGCUCAACCUGCCCAGAGCAGGGUGCCUGCUGAGGACUGGCCUAGAGCAAGCACUGGAAAAGAGGCCCUGCCAUACACCCUGCAUACCCACUGCCAGGACCCUCUCAGACAAGUGUGGCACAGCCAUGCUGACCUUCCAUCUGGUGAACCAAGUGGCAGCCCCAGGGGCCCGCCCUGCAGGUCACAGCUCAGCAAGUCUAGCAGAAGCCAUGCUUGUUCCCCGUGUACCUCUGGAGAAGCAGAAACCAAAGUCCCCCUGUGCCCUGGGAGGGUGGGGUCCUCUAAUUUAUUAGUGCCCAGCAUUCCUUCCAACGGGAAGUAGACAAGUGACUGCUUUGUUCACACACAUUUGAUUAAAAAUAAACAGCAUCUCCCCA